ACAUCAUAUUUCAUGCCAUGCCUCGCAAUUAUCAAUUGCCAAUUCAAAUAAAUGAUGUCAACUACUUUCCAACAACAAUCACUACAAAAUAUCAUUCCACUGAAAUUCUUAUCCACUCAUUUUCAUCUCUCUUGUCCAGAACCAAAAUCACCUCCAAGCUUUUCUCCAUUCUAGCUCUCAUUUCUGCACAUGGCUGAGGCUUUACUAGGAAUUGUCAUUGAAAACUUGCGAUCUUUUGUCGAACAAGAUCUUGCAACGUAUUGGGGCGUUGACCAACAGAUGCAGAAGCUUUCCAGUCACAUGACUGCAAUCCGUGGUGUCCUCAAAGAUGCGGAGAAAAGGCAAAUAACAAGUGAAGCCAUGAGGGAUUGGGUGCAGAAACUCACAGAUGCAGCAUAUGUGUUGGAGGAUAUCUUGGAUGAAUGUUCAAUACAAUCCAAAAAGGUGCUGUGCGGUGUACAAAAUUCAUGCUUAACCCGUUUCCAUCCUAAGGACAUUCUCUUUCGUUCUGAUAUAGGCAAGAGGAUGAAAGACAUUGACCAAAGAUUUCAUGACAUUCAUGAAGAAAGGAGCAUGUUUCAACUAGCCGCUAGUGUCACAGAGAAGCAAGGGGAGGAUGAUGAUAAAUGGCGCCAAACUAGCUCUGUCAUUAUUGAACCAGAAGUAUACGGUAGAGACCAAGAUAGAGAGCAAAUCGUGAAGUUUCUUCUGGAACAUGCUAGUGACAGUGAACAACUCUCUGUCUAUCCCAUAGUUGGUAUGGCUGGACUUGGCAAAACAACACUUGUUAAACAGGUCUUCAAUGAUGAUGAGGUAAGCAAACAAUUUGACUUGACCGUUUGGGUUUAUGUUUCUAAUGAUUUCAAUGUGGAGAGAAUAUUGCAAUCCAUCAUAGAAUCUACCACCAAACAAAACCCCGACCGCAAAACUUUAGAAGCAAAGCAUAAAGAGGUUCAAGAAGUGUUGCAGAGUAAGAGGUAUUUACUUGUUCUUGAUGAUGUGUGGAAUGAAGACAAAGAGAAAUGGAAGGAGUUGAAGGGGACCUUUCAGUGUGCAAGGGGAAUAAAGGGUGCUACCGUUCUGGUCACUACGCGACUUGAGAAAGUUGCGUCCAUCAUGGAAACACACCCUGCUCAUCAUUUGAAAGGAUUAUCUGAAGAUGACAGUUGGUCAUUGUUCAAACAUCAUGCAUUUGGACCAAACAGAGAAGAGAGUGCAGAGCUUUUAGCAAUCGGCAAAGAGAUAGUGGAGAAAUGUGUUGGUUCACCUCUUGCAAUCAAAACACUAGGAAGCCUUUUGCACGAUAAAACUGAGGUAAGACAGUGGCAGAAUGUAAAGGAAAGUGAGUUUUGGAAAAUACGGGAGGAAAGUUCUAUUACAAGUGAGGAAAAUUCUAUCAUGCGUGCUUUGAAACUGAGUUAUUUUAACUUGGAGUUAUCAUUGAGGAGAUGCUUUUCUUUUUGUGCAAUUUUUCCUAAAGGUUUUGAAAUUGUUAAAGAGGAACUAAUUCAUCUUUGGAUGGCUAAUGGAUUUAUUAAAUCUGAAGAAAGUUUAGAAGUGGAGCAUGUUGGUAAUGAAGUGUGGAAAAAAUUAUACCGUAGAUCAUUUUUCCAAGAAGCAAAGACUGCCAAUAUGUAA